AUGCCCGUGGAGCUGAGCCUGCUGCCCCCUCGCUGCCUGUUUGACCAGCCUGUGCAGGUCACUGUGAGUGGCUUAAAACCACAGCAGGAGGUGGUCCUCAGAGCCUCCACCACAGACGACCGAGGGGACUUCUUCAGGUCCUGGGCUGAGUACCGGGCCGACCACUCAGGACAGGUUGAUGUGUCCCGGGACCCCUCCCUGCAAGGCUCUUACACGGGGGUUUGGCCCAUGGGUCUGCUCUGCACCAUGAAGCCUCAGAUCCCUUACAGAACGUUCAAAGCCCAGGCUCUAGUCCCUCUGAAGGUGAAGUUGUCUGUGUACAGCAGAGACAUGCUGCUGGCUGAGCAGAUCAACCACAGGUGCAUCAUGGGAAAUGGAGUUCUUAGGCAGAUUGUGGCAAAGAUUGGAUUCACUGCGGUCCUCUUCACUCCUCCAGCACUUUAUACAGAGAGACAGGUCCUGGCAGAAUUUAACCAGAUCACCAGCUCCAAACUGGGCAAUGAUUUCCUUUCAAAGAUUGUCCGGCACCUCGAUUCCUGUAUCUUUCUCAAAUGGAAAUGGACACCAUCACUUUCAAUUGACCUCAACCCAUAG